AUGGCAUCUGUAGUGGAGAAACGGUCUUUCGAGCAACGUCAGCCGCUACAAGAGCCGACUAUGACCAUAUCCAUUGCCAAGCUAGCACAGUCGCCACUGUACAAGCCAGCCAAACGCACUUGCAGCUUACAGGAGUGUACUAGAUUGAGUUACCAGAGAGCAAAGGCUUUUAGACAUGCAUACGGUAUUUUCCUAAUUGCAACAGGCUUGACAAUCCGGGAUGUGCUGGAAAUUACGCCAAAGUUCUUCAAGAUGCAUAUGGAUCACCUAGCUGCGCUUGAUGGCGGGGCUUUUACUCUGCUCACUAUCCAGUGUAACCUCUUUGUUGGGACAGUGGCUCCGCUUGCUAUAAAUCGCCCAGAGCUUCAGUCAAUCCUCCAGUCUGCUAUGAGCUUCGACAUCUCGGCACAGUUCAUGUUGACCGAAGUCAAUCAUGGCUUAGAUGCACGAAACAUACAGACAACCGCUACGAUCCUAUCUAAUGGGGAUAUUGACCUCCACACCCCGUCUCCAAAUGAUGCAAAAGUUAUGCCACCAACUACCCCGAGAGGUGGCAUUCCCGUAGUCGCGGUUGUAAUGGCUCGUCUUAUUAACGAAGAAAAAGAUUGUGGAAUCUGGCCAUUCCUUGUCCAAAUUGGAGACGGAAAAGAGAUGUGCACAGGUGUUAUAGCGAAGGCACUGCCGCCGCGUACUGGUGCUCACCCAGUUGACCAUGCCCUAACGUACUUCGAUCAUGUGCGCUUACCAGGAUCUGCCCUACUGGGUAGCUUAGACCGAAGGAAAGACGAGCAUGGGGCUUUCUUGUCUACAAUACAUCGAGUGGUAGUAGGAACCCUCGCAUUAUCCGGAACUACCAUUCCGUGCCUAAAGGUCGCAACCUUUAACGCAUAUCGCUUCAGCUGCAACAGACUUGUCACUGGAAAAGGUGGAAAACCAAUGGCAGUAAUUGGGUUCCGAACACAACAUCUUCCUAUUCUCUAUGCUGUGGCUCAAUAUAGCGUGCUCGAAUCGUUUUAUCUUUCCGCGUCGAAAUCUUUUCGAGACAAGAGCAUCGAUCCACGAAUCCGUCAUGGCAUCGCUAUCACCUUUAAAGCAGCAGCUCUAGCUCAUUUCGGCAAGAGCAUCAAGGCCAUGAAUGAGCGAUGUGGAUGGCAUGGGCAUUUUGAGAAUAAUCAAAUGCUUCAACUCGAGUUAGAAAUGCGUGGUGUGUCAACUGCAGAGGGUGAUAUACGGGUUCUUGCCAUCAAACUCGCAUCCGAACUAUUGAUUGGUCGGUAUCAAAUGCCACCGCCAAAGGACCCAAAUAGUCAUUUUUCUCGGCAUGAAACCUCUCUAUUUUCUGAAGGAAAAGCUCUACUCCUGCAGUCAGCCAAGGGAAUUCACCGGAGCGAACGGUUCAACCGGGAUAUUCUACCACUUGCUCUUCCGUUGGUCGAAGCAAUCGGGCAUCGAAUGGCCUUUGAGGCAGCCCAGGAAGCCAAUCUUGAUUUAAAAUUGAUUGAUAUGUACGCGAUCGGAGUCAUAAAGGAGGACUCUGCCUGGUAUGCCGAACAAGGUGGGCUGACCAGAAGGAUCCAAAUGGAGAUGGAAUCUCAAGCGGCAGAUGCCUUGCUCCCAGAUUUGGAAAACAUCAUGCGGGAUUCAGGACUGCAUGCUUAUAGCAAUGCUCCUAUGACAUCGAAGGGCUUGUGGGAUGAAUUUGUCGCUGGGUUGGAGACGUUCGAGGGGAAUGCUACACCCCAUUUACUAUCUCGGCUUUAA